AUAGUAAGAUUUGUUUUAUCAUUUGGUAGAUAUUCUUUGGAUCGGCACACUGAUUUGGAUAGAAUAUUCAACAUCUACUCAGGAAAUGGUUCCAUAUUUGUCUCAAAGAACCUUGAUCGAGAAGCAGCCCCAUGGCACAACCUCACCGUCAUUGCAACUGAAAUUAGCAAUCCAAAACAAAGUACUCAGACUCCCAUCUUCAUUCGGAUUUUAGAUAUAAAUGAUCAUGCCCCAGAAUUUGCCAAGUUCUAUGAAACUUUUGUUUGCGAGAAUGCAAAAGCAGGACAGCUCAUACAAACUGUUAGUGCUGUGGAUAAAGAUGAACCACCUCGUGGACACAAAUUUUUUUUUGAAUUGGUGCCAGAAUACACAGUCCAUCCAAACUUCUCUAUUGUAGAUAACAAAGAUAACACAGCAGGAGUUGUAACUAGACGGAAUGGAUACAGCCGCAGUAAAAUGAGCACCUAUGUCCUGCCAGUAAUAAUAUUUGACAAUGACUACCCCAUACAGAGUAGCACUGGCACACUGAGCAUCAGAGUGUGUGCCUGUGACAGCAGGGGAAACAUGCAGUCUUGUAACGCUGAAGCUUUGCUCCUUCCAGCAGGCCUGAGCACAGGCGCACUCAUUGCUAUCCUGCUCUGCAUUAUUAUUCUGCUGAUUUUGGUUGUGCUGUUUGCUGCAAUGAAGCGCCAGAGGAAAAAAGAGCCCUUGAUCAUUUCAAAAGAUGAUGUCCGAGACAAUAUUGUAACCUACAACGAUGAAGGAGGUGGGGAGGAAGAUACCCAAGCCUUUGAUAUCGGCACGCUAAGAAACCCUGAAGCCAGAGAAGAAAGCAAAAUGAGAAGAGAUGUGAUGCCAGAAACUAUUUUCCAGAUUAGGAGGACAGCAUCUUUGUGGGAAAACAUUGAUAUCCAAGAUUUUAUCCAUCGAAGACUAAAGGAGAAUGAUUUGGAUCCAACUGCACCCCCUUAUGACUCUUUAGCAACAUAUGCCUAUGAAGGGAAUGAUUCUAUAGCAAAUUCACUUAGUUCUUUGGAAUCACUUACCACAGAUGGUGGAAAUCAAGAUUAUGACUAUCUGAGUGACUGGGGGCCACGAUUUAAAAAGUUAGCAGAUAUGUAUGGUGGAGAUGAGAGUGAUCAAGACUAA